UUUCAGCUUUCACUUUUCUCUCCAUUCUGAAAGAGCAUGUCAUCCGGUUCUUAUAAUCCCACAAACAGCUCUGCUGACGACGGUUUUGCUUCUAUCCAUAACAGCUUCAAGGAAUCUGUUCUUCAGCCGCCUUCAGCUAUCUUACCCUCUGCCAUCAAGGAUGAAUGGUCAUCAUCGUCACCACUUUUGCUUGCUGACAAUGGACCGUUUGCUGCUUGCUCGUCGACCAGCGAUAUACAGCUAUCUCCGGCUUAUCGUCGUACACCUGAAUCAAUGGAUUUUUGUAUAGAGUUUAUACCCCCUGAAGCCACUCCCCGCUCGAUCGCUCGAACUAGACGAUUGUCGUCAAUAUUGCAGCAAAGGGAUUCUUAUUACACUAACCGUGAUGAUGCCACCAGAGCACCCACCACGUCAGCAAGAUCGCCAUCAUCAGCAGCCGCUUCAUCUUCAUCCCUUCAACUUCCCGAAUUACAAGACGCCCGGCCACAUCUCCUGCGUGGUCCAUUUGAACCCGGCCCUUUAUGUCUCGAGGAUCAUACGGAAAAUGAGUCAAUGCAGGAGAUUAUCAAUUUUCCUGAUGACGACGCGAUGUCAGCAGACGAAUAACUGGAAAGGGUAUGUACCUCCUUUCACACUGUUGCAAAAUACCGCUAUGUAGCAGCUAAGAUGUACAUACUAUUGAGAUCUGUUGAGUAUCAGAGCAAACAAGAGCUUAAGCAUAUGCAUUUAGAAUAAAG